UUGACAACUGAACUCGAAAUGUAUGCUAUCUAUCAACCAAAGUCGAUCGAUAGAAAAGAAGAAAUUUCUGAUUAAGGAUUAAUUUUCAGUAUAUGGUUAUUUAGUAAGUCUAUAAUAAUUUGUUAAUGUAAAAUUUAAUAAAAAAACAAAAAAAAUUACAUGGCCGACAUUGGAAUUGUCGAAUAGUCCCGUUCUCUUGUUAGAGUUGUCCAUGGUAGAACCAAGACGAUCAUGCCACCUAAACGGUUUCCAAUACGUGAGACAGCAGUUAAAAAGCCCCCUGCACUUGUAAGGCAGGUUGUAGAAACUCCUGUGCCCGGUUUAUCCAUCUCUGAUGAACAGACUAGAAAAAAUGACGAAGAAUUAGCAUGGUGUAUUCACCAACUCAAGUUGUCCUUAAAUGGCAAAAAGCUGACAUCCAAACAAAUGGAUGCAAUUAGAAAGGAUAUUGCUGUCCUCGAAAAUCCACAUGAGUUAUUAGUGAAAAAAAGAUGUAUCAUGAAAGUGAGUUUUGGAGAUUAUAGAAAAAAAAUGGAAUUAGAAAAAAGAAAAAUUCCUUUAGGUUUAGAAAAUGCUGCCAUUGCAAUGGUUUCAACAAGUACUGGAAAGUUUAUGAGGAAAUCCCACCCAGCUGUUGACAACAAGAAACAAACAUUCAAUUUUCAACUGUCAGAAAACAAUUUUAGGUUCAAUUUUGAUAGGGAUAAAAAAGAAUAAAUAAAUGUUUCACAUCAAA